AUGGCUGAUACAUUAUUUGUCCAAGACACUUCGGAUACUGAAGAAGCUCACAAUCAACCCGAAAAUCUUGAAAAUGAUUCUGAUUCUGAUAGAGAAGUGCCUGUUGUGACUUUACAAGAGCCUGCUAUUGAGCAAGCUCUCACAGGCAUGGUUGAUGUUAGAUCCUCUCUAUCACUCAAUUUCCAGCAAAUGAUCCUUGAAGAAUUGUUAGUUCAAGACGCACUACUAAUCUUGGCAAAAGGCCUUGGUCUAGAGCUGAUUGUAUCCAAUUUGUUGCACAUUGUGGCCACACCAAAUACUCUGCCAACCAUCACAAAUGAUGAUCCGCCAAAGCGCAGUCUUGUGAUCUUAUUAAACGCUCAUGAUGAAGAAAACCAGGUGAUAUCUGAAGAGCUAGCUGAACUAUCUUGGCUGGACGGACUUGUGAGACCGUUUAUUGCCAUUCAAGGAGAAACAGUAACAGCUAAUCGCCGUCGGAGAAUGUACUUGGAAGGCGGGAUUGUUUCUUUAUCUUCGAGAAUAUUCAUUGUUGAUUUACUUCUGGGAAUUGUCAAUUGCAAUGAAAUAACGGGUAUUGUGGCAUUACAUGCCGAUCGAAUCUCAGAAACAUCUAAUGAGGCAUUUAUUAUUACUUUUUAUCGAAGUCAUAAUAGCUGGGGAUUUCUUAAAUGCGUUACCGAUGACCCACAAGCAUUGCUCCAUACCGCUGCAAGGACUAGUGGGGGAAGUAUCAUCAACCCUUUACAAGUAAUGUUACGAAAUAUGAGACUCGAGAAAUGUUUACUUUGGCCAAGAUUUCAUAUUAAUGUACUUUCUUCAUUGAAUUUUCAAGGUUCUCAAAGCAAACAGGAUCCAAAUCUUGGUAAAGUGGUGGAGAUCGCAGUAUCAAUGACUGAGUCAAUGGAGAGACUUCAGUUAGCAUUACUUGGCACAAUGAAGGCAUUGAUCCAUGAGAUCAAACGCCAUAAUCCAGACCUCACUGGCCAGAGUGAAUUAUUUGCAGAUUUAGCUCGUGGUAAUGCUUCGUCAACCGUCAAUACCGAUAUUGCUUCACAAGAUGAUUAUUCAAGAUUUCUUGACGAUUUGUAUAUUUUACAAGUGACAUCUCUAUUCCAGCGUCAUUGGCAUAGAAUAUCUUGGACCACUAAACAAUUGAUUGGUGAUUUGGCCUUGAUGCGAAGGCUCAUUAAUCAUUUAACUUCUCAUGACUGUGUUGCUUUCUAUGAGGAUAUAGAGCAAGUAUUAAGUGAAUAUACUGAUUCUGGAAAACCGGGAGGCAGAAUGAACUACAAUGGAGCUCCAUGGUUGAUGUUGGAUGAGGCAACAACGGUGAUUUCGUUUGCCAAAAAAAGGGUUUAUGAUAUUGUGAAGCGAGACAGUCAAAAAAAUGGUCGGAGGAAGGAGGAAAGUUAUGCAUUGGAAGAGCCUCCAAAAUGGGAACAAUUAGCACUCAUUCUUAAAGAAAUUUUCGAUGAACGUGUCAGAAGACCACUAGCUGCUGCUGGUCCUGUGUUGAUUAUGUGUGCAUCUGCCAGAAUGGUGAGGCAAGUUAGAGAGUUUUUGGCUUGCAAACAGGAGGAUAAAAAUGGGGAAGUAUCUGGAAGAAAGUUGAUGUUGAGAAGAUUUAGAGAUUAUAGUGCGUGGAAGAAUAGUAGUUUAAAGGUUAGCGAAAUCAUAAAUAAAACUGUGAAAGAACGCCAAGAGGAAGAAAGGGCUAGAGUUGAUGGUCUUAAGGCAGGUCCCAACUCUGGCGAUAGACAAACUAAUACAACCAAUAAUAAUAAAAAUUCAAAUGAUUUGAAGGAUAAUAUAGGAAAUGAUCUAAUGAGUUUAUCCAAGACUUUUACUGGCGAUUCUCAGAAUGCUGGUAAUAAGCGGCGUCGUACUAGAGGUGGUUCUUAUGUGGCCAAAGCGGCAAAACUUCAUUCUGCGAAAUUCACUAGAGAAGAUAAAGAUCCUGAUACUGCCAAAAUAAUAGAACAAGAUAUCAUUGAAGUUGUAGAACUCGAUGAUUUCGAAGACCUUGAGGCAGGAAUUGAUGAUGUUAUUGAAUUAUCACCCCCCGGUGGUGAUUAUAUUGAGCUUGAACUUUUAGCUGGCACAGAUGAAAUUAUUAUUGAAAAAUAUGACCCUUUGACUGAUCAUAAUGUAUUGCAUGAACUACUCCCUUCUUAUAUAAUCAUGUAUGAGCCUGAUCUUGGGUUCAUUAGACGGAUUGAGGUUUUCCAAGCUGAGAACAGGGCGCAUCAAUUAAAAACAUAUCUUAUGUAUUAUUGUGCUUCGGUAGAGGAACAAAGGUAUCUUACGAAGAUCAAAAAGGAAAAAGAAAGUUUCACAAAGUUGAUUCGUGAAAAGGGCCAAUUGGGCAAAGAGUUUGUUGGUUAUAAUGAGGAUUUAAAAUUGUUACCUUUGAAAGGUAAAAAAUCCAGCGCCAGUGCCUCCAAAAAGCUCGCUGCUGCGAUCAAUGCCAAUAAAGCAACAAGAAUAGCUGGUGGGCGGCUUGUUGAAACUACCAAAGUUCCUAAUAAAAAAAUUGUUGUGGAUAUGCGAGAGUUUCGCUCGGCAUUGCCUAAUAUCUUGUAUCGUUCUGGGUUUGAAGUCAUUCCCUGCGUAUUGACGGUCGGGGACUAUGUUUUGUCACCAAAGAUUUGUGUCGAACGUAAAUCGGUACCCGACUUGAUUCAAUCAUUUGAAAAAGGGAAUUUAUAUUUCCAGUGCGAAAGAAUGUUAAAGUUUUAUGAGUUUGCAGUGUUGUUGGUUGAGUUUGACGAAAGCAAAGCAUUUUCCAUGAACCCAUUUGUUGAAUUUCGAGCUGGUAGUGGAGUUACUGGUGGUGGGUUUGGCACGGUUCUUAAGAACUCUGUAUCUGCAGAAAGAUCAUUUCAGAAUAUCCGGGUGAAAUUGAUCAUGCUAUUGCUCAAGUUUCCUGGUUUGAGAAUAAUUUGGUCGCCUUCGCCUUAUAAGACUGCUGAAUUUUUUGGAGAAUUGAAGGCCAGAGAAGAUGAUCCAAAUGUGGGAUUAGCGAUUAGAUUAGGACAAUCCGUUAUCGGUGGUAGUGGAAUGAAUGGUGAUGAUCCAGGAUCAUUAAUUGGAGAAAUCCAAGAGAAUGAUUCUGCUUUGGAUUUGCUCAAGAGUAUUCCUGGUAUUACGAGUGCCAAUAUUGGGACCAUAUGUACCCAUAUCAAAAGCAUGAGGGAUCUUGUAAACUUGGAAGAAUUUGAGAUAUCGUUGUUGAUUGGAGAAGAGAACGGGAAAAAAGUUUACAAUUUUUUUAAACAAAACAUUGUUCCUCAGUGA